ACGUGCUUGUCUCGCGUUUAAGAACCCGCCUUUUACCUAAACAUUCAAAAUUACAGUGAAGCAGAAUUUGGGGAAUGAAUUUUGCAUAGAUGAUGAUGACGACGAAGAAGAAGACAACAACAAUGAAUGAAAUCGAUGACCAUUCCUCCCUCACCCGUCUUCACUCCGAUCUUUCUUCUCUUCUCUAUCAGAUUGACGAGCUUGUUGUGAAAGCGCUUGAAGUGAACAAGAGCGUGAGAAAAGAAGGAAAAAGAGAAAUAGAAUCAUUCUCCAAUUUGUUGUCUGAAAUGCUGUCAAGUUUAAAGCCAUGGGCACCAAAAUUGGAAAUUGCACUUUCAUCAACUUCAGUGGAAUCUGAAAGUAAAAGUGAAGAAGUUACUUGUGAUGAUAGUAAUGUGAGUGACUGUGAAAGUCCUAAAGAGACUACAUUGGUGUCUCCUUCUCCCCUUGUUUCAUGGCGUGCUAAUUGUACUGUUCAGAGAGGUAGACAAAUGUUUAUGCUCACACCACUUCCAUUAUCAAAAGCAUUUUUAUCAUCCAAACCACAACCACAAACCAAAUUGGAUUUCAGCGAAUUGGCUUCCUCCAAUAAUACUUCAAUGCUUUGCGGUGUUGUAACAAAACCAACUCCGAUAAAGCAUCCCCUUUCUCUUGUGACUGAAGAGGCAACAAUUAAUGAAGAGCUUGAGUUGAUUUCUUCGCCGGAUUUUUCUAAAAGAGAUACCUCCAUGCUUUAUAUGAUGACUCCUUGCUUGAAAAUGUCACCUCCAAAGUCUUGUGUUUUGCUUGAACCCAUAUCCGAAAUACGUCACUUGGGAAAUGACAGGGUUCGAAAGGCCACCCCUUUUCCUGUUGGGGUUCAUUACAGUGAUUCAGAUGAUUCAGAAUCUUCUGGUAAUAAUGAUGUGUCACGGGGUUUGGCGAUGAAGUAUCCAGAACUCAUGGGGAUACAGUGUGUUCCUAAAUCAGGAAUUGUAAAGAAAAAUGUUGAAGAAUCACCUGUUUGGCUUACCUCACCUCCAAAGACUUGUGUUUUGUUAGGAACACCUGAUGAGAAAUCAUUGGAGUUGGAAAAGGCUGAUAAGGAAUCGUGUAUACCUAUCUCUGAAUCCAUUCUUAAUCAACAAAUCAGUAAAUUGAAUUUGAAAGAAGAUAUUUCCAAAGGUCACAAUCAAACACAAAAAUCUUGUAACCAAGAUCAUUUUGAUGGCAACUUAUCACAUAUAGAGAGCACUCCCAUGUGGCUGAAGCCUGAGAACACAAUACAAAGAGGGAAACGUGCUGGUGAAAAUACUUUGAAGAAGGAAUUAUGGGCUAAGUUUGAAGAAGCAUCCACUUGUGGUUUUGAGCAGAAGUGUCACACAGUUAGUAAGAAUUCUCAGAAAGGGUUUCUUGACCUACUGGAAGAAGCUUCAUGUGAUGACUAAACUAAAAAUAUGGAAAUGUCUCAAAGAUCUAUUUUUGUUGUUUGACCAGCCAUGUCUUAAAAUCUAAGCAAGUAAAUAAUGUCUCGUUGGAAAGUUUUGACAUGUACAUGCUGGUUUUUGUUGUUGUAAGAUUUGUAGCAAAGAAGCCUGGUGCAUCCUUAGUUCCACUUUGUGGACAAAGGAACUCAUGUGAUCAACUGUGAUACUGAUACGUGCUAAAAAUGUACAUUUUUUGUAUUCAUUCAUCAUAUGAGCAUAUUUGACA